AUGACGACGCUCACGCUGCAAGACGUGGACAACAGGGUAAAGGGCCGCCUGGCCCUCGUCACUGGCGCGACGGGCGGCAUCGGGUCUGCCUGCGCGAGGGCACUGGCCGCAGAGGGCUGCGACGUUGCGCUUCACUACGCGUCCAGCGAGGAAAAAGCCGAAGCCCUCGCCACCUCACUGCGGGAAGCCCACCCCUCGCAGCUCUUCACCACCAUCCGCGCAGACCUGUCCGACCGGGCGGCGACGCGCUCCCUCGUGCCCACGCUGCUGGGCCGCGAAGCCGUGACUGCGCGGGGCCACGCCGCCGUGUCGGUGCUGGUGGCCAACGCGGGCAUGGGGCGGCGGAUCCGCGACGUGGCCAACAUUGGCGAGGACGACUGGGACGACAUCCUCGAGGUGAAUGCGCGGAGCCAGUUCGUCGUGACAAAGGCGUGCGUCGAGGGCAUGCGGCGCCAGGGGUGGGGGAGGGUGGUGCUGGUGGGGAGCAUUGCGAGUAGAGGAGGGGGCAUCAAUGGGUGUCACUAUGCGGCGUCCAAGGGGGCCAUGACGUCCAUGGGGUUGAACCUCGCGACGACGCUAUCCGGAGAGGGCGUCACGGUCAACAUUGUCCAACCCGCCAUGAUCGGAGCCACGGGCAUGAUUCCCACGCCCAACACGUGGAAAAGCACAGAUCACGUCGAGGAGCUCAAGGCGUCGGACCCCGGGCUGGGUAUCGCCGCGAGCGUGCCGGUGCACCGGCUGGGCGUGCCCGAGGAGGUGGCCAACGUGGUGUCCAUGUUCGUCAAGACGGGGUACAUGACGGGACAGGAGGUGCUGCUGGCGGGCGGGCUGAAGUGA